AUUAUGAUAUCAUAAAAAUACAAAUAUUGUUCAAUCAAAUAUCAUAGUAUACCUACUGAAAACCUUAUGAUACACUUUAACAGUUAAAAAAAAAAAAGAGAGAAUUUAGAGAGCUAUGAAUUGUUUCUAGCCACUAGUAGUGAUAACGAUUAAUAACUCGAAAAUAUUUUUAUAGUCUAUUGUUAAAUAUUUUUAUAGUCUAUUGUUAAAUAUUUCUAGCGCCAACUGGUGGUUAUUAAUACUUGAGUGAAUAAUACUUAUGAUUUGCAAGAUGCCAGUUGCAGAGGAAACAACAUCAAUAACUGAUGUAAUAGUUCAACUACAGGACUACAGUCCAACUGUAAGAAACAAAUCUCAAAUAGUCGUAGAAGAAUGUUUAAUUCUUGAAUAUUUUAAUUACAAGUGAUUUAUUGUUACAGAUACCUGAUUCUAUAACAACUGCUAUAUGUUCAGAAGCUGGAUUUGAAACUAGUGACCCUCGAAUGUAAGUAUAUAAAUACAAAAAUAUUAAGUAAUAAUUAUAAAAUAAUAAAGAUAUAAUGAAAAUCAAUUAAAAUAUUCUCAUUAAUGUAGAUAAUUGAUUAAUACAUACAUAUACAAUACCAAAUAAAAUAAAACAGAAUUGCUUACCAAAUGUGUGAUUUUAGACCUGUAUUAAUUGUGUAAUCAAAAUAUGUAGGUUUAAAUUAUUUGAAAUUAAUUUAACGACACCUGCCCUACGUUUAAUAUUAUAUAUCUAUGCUUUUGUAAUUUUUCCUUUUUACUAUAGUUUUAUAAUUUGCAUUAUUAAAUUUUGGAAGUUUUAUUUAUAAUUUAUUAUUUAUAUUAAUAUAAUUUUUUUUUUUUUUUUUAAUUGGAAAUAAUCACACAAAUUAAGUUUUUCAAUCCAAUUUAUUAUACACACAGAUAUUAUUUUAUUUCUAAUUCAUAUUUCUAUUAUGAUCAUGGCAGUAUUUUAUAUUUUUUAUUAAUACAAAUAAAAAAUUUGAAUUUAAAAUUCAUCUAUGAGUUAAUCUUUCUAAUUUAUACUGUAAUAGGUGCUACUGUGUAAACUUGCACUAGACUAAAUAUAAUACAAAUGACAUGGGACAUAAGUCCUUAAUAAUCCAUUUUAACAAAUAAUACAAUAUUAUUCUAUUUAAUGAUAAUUAGAGACCGGAUUUAUAUUCUCUUAUAAUUCUCUGAAAGGUGCUUCAAAACAUCAAAAAAUCUCUGAAAAAAAGCAUUUACAAACAUUUAAAAAGCAAACAUGAUGGAGGAGUUAUUCCCCAUUAAUAACUCUAAGUUAUUAAAUUAAAUAUCCUAACACUACAAAAUUGAUUCAUACAAAAUAAUUUCUUUUAAAUAAAAUUGUAUGUAUUAUAAAAAAAAAUUAUUUUUUAUUUCUCAUUUUUGUGGUGUUAGAAAAUUGUAUUUAUAAAUUAAAUCCAUUAGUAGAGUGACUAUUAAACUUUUCUAUUAUUUUUAAAGGAUUUUUUUCAAAACUGAAGUUUUCAAGUGAUUUUUUGUGGACUUUAAGAACAUAUGAAUCCGGUCUCUAGUGAUAACUAUUAAAAUUACAAAUUUUUAUCUUAAUAAAAAUAUGUUUUAUUGUUUAUAUGUAGGUAUAAACUAAUUGUUUAUUUUAAUAGUUUUAGUUAUUUAUUAUAACAAAAUAUGUAAAAGUAAAAAAUAACUAUUAAUUUGUUUCAGAAUACGAUUGAUAUCAAUUGCUUCUCAGAAAUUUAUUUCUGAUAUAGCUAAUGAUGCACUGCAACAUUGUAGAGUACGUUUAGCAACUAUGCCUACUAAAUCUGGAAAAGUUCCUAAAGACCGCAAGUUCACAUUAACUAUGGAAGAUUUAACACCAGCACUCAAUGAUUAUGGAAUUGUUAUUCGAAAACCUCCAUAUUUUGUAUAAAUUUGGGACACAAUUUGUAAUACUUUAUUCAAAUUAUUAUUCGGAUUCAUUAUAUUUCAAUAUUUAUAAAAGUGAUUAUUUUUAAUGUUCCCUACUCUCAUUAUUAGUAAACACUUAACUCAACCUAAGUAUAUUAUAUUUUUUUUAUAUUUUUAAACAUAAAGGAUGGUUAUUAAAUACUAUAACCAGUGAUAAUAGCAAAUUACUACAAUUGAAACUGGUUUCUGAUUUUUGGGGAAAUUCAUAUUGGUUUCUCACA